UAGCUUCACAGUCAGUGUGUCGGGACUUGCUGCCGCAGCUUCUCACACAAAGAUGACCCGCAGAGUCAAGUCUCAGCUGGAGAAGCUGCUGCAGUGUCCCGUGUGUCGCGACAUCUUCAACAAGCCCUCGCUGCUUCCCUGUGGACACAGCGUGUGCGAGUCCUGCGUGGAGAGCAUGCUGGACCACAGCUCCACGCUCCACUUCCGCUGUCCGGAAUGUAGGUGUGCUUUUGGUCAGGCUUUUGGCUUGAAGAAAAACUUUGCGCUGGCGGGCAUUGCAGAGGACUACAUGGUGACCAGGGCCCAGGCAAAGGAGGUGAGAGAGAGGAACUGUCCCCAGACCUGGACCUCUGAGACAAGCAGGGCCCUGCAAAGCCAAGUGACCGACUACAUGGAACAGCAGUGUCGGACCCUCAGAGAUCAACUGAGGGAGUCCAACAUGCUCAUUGAGCGUUUGAGAGAGGACGUCUGCAGGCAGCAGGGGCUGAGUCCAGUGGACUCCUUCCUCACUGUCAUCACAGUGGUGCUCUUCCUCCUGUGGGUCAUCGUCCUCUAUUACGUCUUCUGCUACUCGGAGCAGAAUGAGAAGCUGGCUGAAACUCUGAAGAGGUACAAGAGUCAAGUGGAGGAAUUCUGCUCCACGAUGACAGAGUGAAGAAACUUCUACACCAACCAUGAUUCCUGAUGUUGAUUUGGUAAACAGGUUCCAAUGUGUACAGGUGUGCGAGAGAGAGAGAGAGAGAUUUUUGUACAAUUAAAAAAAUAAACUUAAUUUUGAC